AUGUCCACAGACGAGCGAACCGCCCUUGUCGUCGGUGCCGGCCUCGUCGGAACGCUGACAGCAGCGAUGCUCGCCUCUCGCGGGUGGACCGUCACACUCCUCGAAUCCCGUUCCGAUCCGCGAGAGGGCACGCACGCUGAACGAGCGAGGUCGAUCAACCUUGCGCUUUCGCCGAGGGGGAUUGAGGCGCUGAGGAGUGUUAGUGAGGAGUUGGUGGAGAGGGUUGUGAGGGAGGGGAUUGAGAUGAGGGGACGGAUGGUUCAUAAGAAUAAGGUGGGGAAGGUGAAGGGAAAGGGGAGAGAAGUGAGAGUGGAGAAGGAGGGACAGGAUUACGGACGAUAUGAGGAAGAGGGAGAGUGCAUUCGCUCGAUUUCGAGGACGGCGUUGGGCAUUCACCUCCUCGACCACGUCGAUGGCUUGCCGAGCGAAGGACGAGGGAGCGUCACGACCCGCUUCGAGACCAAGCUCGUCGAGAUGGACUUGCGCAAGGAGGACGGCGUCGACGUCGUCUUGCAGAAGAAGGGCGAGCAGCCGAAGAAGAUGCACUUCCACUUUGUUGUCGGUGGCGACGGCGCGUACAGCAAAGUCAGGCAGCAGAUGAUGCGCGGAUCCAAGUUGAGAUUCGACUACCGCCAGUUCUAUGCGCCACACUCGUACCUCGAGCUCUCGAUCCCGCCCGGACCGAACGACACCUUCCUCCUCGAGCCGAACUACCUGCACAUCUGGCCGCGCGGCGAGUUCAUGCUCAUCGCGCUGGCGAAUCAGGACAAGUCCUUCACCCUCACGCUCUUCGCACACGACUCUACCUUCACCUCGCUCGACGCCGAACUCGCUUCCCUCGCACCAGGCGCACCCAAUCCAGUCGUCGAGUUGUUCCGACGUGAGUUCCCAGAUGCGCUCGAACAGAUGGGCGAGGAGGCGUUGUUGCAGAGCUGGAGGGAGAACCCGAAGGAUGGGCUGAUCACGGUUGAGUGUUCGCCGUACCACUACAAGGACAAGGUAUUGCUCAUCGGCGACGCUGCUCACGCCAUGGUCCCGUUCUACGGCCAAGGCAUGAACUGCGGCUUCGAGGACGUCCGCGUUCUUUCCUCCAUCCUCGACCACUUCGGCGCCUCUCCCUCACCGCUCGUCCCCUCGCCUCUCCCCUACUCGCUCGAAACUGCCUCCCUCGCAUCCUUCUCCAAGUCGGCCACCGAGGGCGACGAGACCGCCCUCGCCCGCGCCCUCGCAACCUACACCCACCUGCGCGCUCCCUCACUCGCCGCGAUCCAAACCCUCGCCCACCAAAACUACACUGAGAUGGCCUCUUCCGUCCUCUCGCCUCUCUACCUCCUCCGCCGCUCGCUCGACUCGAUCCUCACGUCCGUCUCGAACUUCCCGCUGUUCGCGAUCAAGCGCGACUCAGACCCGCUCAAAGACCAGGGAGGCAGGUGGGAAAGCUUGUAUAGGAUGGUUACCUUCAGGCCGGGGUUGGCGUAUGAGGAGGUCAUCCGAAGGAGGGACUGGCAGGCCAAGGUGCUGGACUGGGCGGCGAAGGUGGUCGGAGGAGUGGUCGUUGCGGGUGCCGUCGCGGGCGUCGGGUUGCGGUACGCGAGCAGGUAUCGUCUCGUGCGGGCGAAUUAG